UUACAUCCGGGAGGCGGGGCUUGUGUUGCUGAGGCGCUUGUGCUGCUUUUUCGGGGGUAACCAAUGCCUCGAUUUGCUUCUUUAAGCCAACCUUCCAGAUAGCAUCGAUCAAAGGCAGAAAUACAAAUCCUGCAUUCGUUUGUGUCAAGAGUGCCGCGAAGUCUUUGUGUUUGAGCGCGAGCGAGGGAGGCAAAGACCACUCCGACGAUGGCGACUGGUAAAAGUAAAGGCCAGAGUUCUCUUGCUUUACACAAGGUGAUCAUGGUGGGCAGUGGCGGUGUGGGCAAGUCGGCUCUCACCCUGCAGUUUAUGUACGAUGAGUUUGUGGAGGACUACGAGCCCACCAAGGCGGACAGCUACAGAAAGAAAGUGGUCCUGGAUGGCGAGGAGGUCCAGAUUGACAUCCUGGACACGGCGGGCCAGGAGGACUACGCCGCCAUCAGGGACAACUACUUUCGAAGCGGGGAGGGCUUCCUGCUCGUCUUCUCCAUCACCGAGCACGAGUCGUUCGCCGCCACUGCCGAGUUCAGGGAGCAGAUCCUGCGAGUAAAAGCCGAAGAGGACAAGAUCCCGCUCCUGCUGGUGGGAAACAAGUCGGACCUGGAGGACCGUCGGCAGGUGUCUGUGGACGAGGCCCGCGGGAAGGCCGAAGAGUGGGCAGUCCAGUAUGUCGAGACGUCCGCCAAAACCAGGGCCAAUGUCGACAAGGUUUUCUUUGACCUGAUGCGCGAUAUCCGGGGGAAGAAAAUGUCCGAGAAUAAGGAUAAAAACGGAAAAGGGAAACACAAGAAGAACAAGAAGAGCUUCAGAGAGAGAUGCUGUCUUCUCUGAACACGGACUUUAAUAUGCACAAUAAUACAGUACAAUUGCCCAAUUUAUUUUUCUUGCCAUUUUAAUUUAAAAGCACAUUUUAUAGCCAGUACAUGGUUUCAACCACCUAAUUGUUGAUUCAUGCCAUCAAACGGCAACAUCGGUCAUGACUAAUGAACCAAACUUCAUCUCGGGAAGUCCCGUUUCUUUUUCUAGAUUGGGACACUACCUUUUAUUUUGCACCACUGGGCUUUCACAAUAACAGUGCUUGUAUUUACUUUAAUAAUCUUAAUCUACAUUAUGGAUCGUCUCCUUAUUUUACUGCAAACGAACUCUGCUACUGUCUCACGUUAAACCAAAUUCACAGCAAUUGUAACAUUUUUUUAAUAUUUUUUUCCCUUUUCUAGCCAUCAGUGAGAACAUACAUGGCCAAACGUUUAAGUCAUAUUUUUUGUUGUUGUUGAUAAGGUGCUCCUCCAUGUUGAUGUCUUUUUUUUUUUUUUUUUUUUUUUACCCUUCUUAAAGCUUAAAGUUUCCUAUGACAGGUCUAGGAAGUUUGGAGAUGAUUUUCUUUGUUAUUGUUGUUGAAGGACAUGCACUACAGCUGAUGUUCAGGGGUUGCCACUAAAAUGUUGUAAAACUAUCUGAAAAAAAAUCCCAACUUUUUUGCAUCCAUACCGAUGUCUUAACUAUUUUUUUAAUCUAAUCAAGUGCCACGGAAAGACUUUCCCAAAGUUCUUUGUGAUUGUCCUUUUCCCCGCCCACUACUGUGAGUCUACUUUUAAUUCUGUGCUGUGAGCAUUGCUGAAUAAAUGUUUUUAUAUAUGCUUUA